CAUGGCGAUUGUUGAAGGCAAAGCCGUUGUUUGCGUGAAGUUCUAGCUAAUAUUUUUGACCUUAGAAUGUUGAAGAGAAGAUCUGAGUCAACGGAAAUAACACCCCUCGUUAACAGUGCCGUUGAGAAACUUCAAGAACUCGGGCACCAUGUUAGGACUAGAAGAGAAGGCGGAGAACCUGUGGAUACUUCUGGAGUGGACGUGGUCGUUAAAGCCCUCAAAGAUCUGGAAGAAGAAAGAUUGAAACUCCAUGAACUGCUUGAAACAGAAACAAUUACAGCCAGUGUUCUCCGUUACAAACUUAAAUACUUUCCAAGCGAUAUCAAAUCAGAGAUACAAGGUGCUGUAUAUUCAGCUAGACAGUCAAAUGAAGCAGAAAUAAUGAGACUAAAGACUCAGCUGAACACUAUCAUCACAAACAUCAAGUCCCUUCAGGACAGACACGAAGAACUUGCAAAGGAAAAUGCUAAACUGGAGCCAGAGAGGAAUGACAUGCAAACUGGACAUGAUGAAAUCAUCGCACUUCUUAAUCAGAAGAUGGCUGAUAAAGCAAGCAAACAAAUUACUCUUAAUGAAACACGUGAUAAACUGAGGGAAACAUACAAAAGGAUAAUUGACCUAGAAGAUUCAAUUGUUCAGUUGAAAGAAGAUUUGGUUCAUGAACGAGAGGAAGCACGACUGGAAAAAGAAAAGCUUAAACAAUCAGUGGCUGACACUCAGAAAAAAGCAGAGGAGCAGCGCAAGACAAAUAUUGAAAAGAGAAAGGAAAUUGACAAAUUGCAGGAGGAGUUGGUGGACAGUGAAUCAGUUUUAGACUCUAAGAGAAAGAACAUUAGGAAGUUUGAAACAUCACGUAACAGGCUGGAGGCUCAAGAGGUACAACUAAACAGACAACUUCAGAAGGAAAUCAAAGAUAAUUCCGUAUUGACGCAAGAAGGGAUGAAAAUUGUCAAAGAACACAAUGAAAUGGCUUCACGGUUGGAGGAGAGAAAGAAGUCAUUGCAAGUUCAACUAGAAAUGGUACUGAAUAAACUGAAAGAGGCAGAAGAACAAGAUAAACAGCUGACAUUUGAAAAGAAAUCACUUGAAAAAGAAUAUAAAAUUGCCAUGGAACUUCAGGAACAAGACGCUGAGGUGGUACGACACCAUGAAAGAGUCCUUGCCAGAGGCAAGGAAUCGUUACAUAACCAAAAUCAGCAAUGUGCCAAGGUUAGAGCAGAGAACAUGGAGUUAGAGGAAGAGAUGAACCAGCUGGAGGAAAGCCACAAAGCAACUGUAGAUGUAUACAACAAGGAAAUCGAAACGUCCAAGAGCGCUUUAACGGUGGAGAGAAAAGACAGGCAAGUUUUACAAAAGAAAAGAGACAAUGUCACGAAGGAGUCGAACGAGUUCAAAGGCGAAUAUGGACGCUAUAUGGCUACAAUGUCCAAGAAGGUCACUGAAGGGAAAGCGGAACAUACCAGGUUAACAGAGCGUGGGACUCAACUGCAAAAAGACUUGAAGAAGGACGAAGCAGACAUUAUCAGUAAACAGAAACAGCUCAAGAAAGCAAAACACGAUUACACUUCACUUCAAAAGCAGCUCAAGACUCAGCUUAAAGCUCUUCAAGAAAGUAUUGAUAAGUUGGAGAAAGACAGGGACAAGAAAAAAGAUGUAAUUCAGGACAAAACCCCAAUCUUCAAAGAUCUGGAGGUUCAGUUUAAAGAAAGGACACACGAGUUUGACACGACAAAGAAGAACAUAGUCGACCUAAAAAACAAAAAAGCUAGUCUGGAGACAUCUGUUCAAAGGGCUCAAAGAGACGUGGACAAGUUAGCAGAACCACAGACUCGUUUACACGGGAAGCUGAGGGAGAGACGGGUAGAGGCCUUGGAACAACUCAAGAACCAAUCAGAGGACGUGAAGAAGAUUGAAACAGAAAUAUUUUCAUCCGGUCAGCGGCUUGGGGCAGUACUCAAAGAGAACCACAGAUUUAAGCAGGCCAUCAGACAGCUUGAAGCGGAAAUUGAAAUCACACGGAAGGCAAUGAUCGCAAACUCUGGAACAAGAGAGAUAUUGCAAAAACAGCUUUUGGAAUACAGGGGUACGCUACACGAGCGCUGGAGAGAGGACUUCAACCUUGAUAAAAUUUAUGCUGAACGAGAUUCUCUGAUGUUGGAGGACAUUGAAAGACUUCAAGAGGAAACUAGUGUGAGAGAAGAAAGGAUUGAUGAAAUCCAUCAACAACUCGAAGAGCAGCUGUCGGUAUUGUCUCACUUCAUUGAUGGAGUGGCAAACUUAAGACCUAAAGACACUGCGCAAUCAGAGCGUAAAUCAGAAGGCGGGAAAAAGAUAAAACCAGGAAAACCGCUCCACGGAUCUCCGCCACUGUCACCGAAGCCCCCACCCAAAUCACCGACUCGGCGAAAAUCUACCAGUGACGUCAGUGCACCUGCUGAAAGCGAUUUAUAAAGCAGAGGAGAUGCCUUGAUGUGUGUGUCGAGAUAGCAUUUUAUUUUGCUGUCAUUAGGGGGGUUAUUUAUCCUGAAAGCUUUUGUAAAUAAAGGUAUCUAUUAAAUAUGGAA